CAAUUAGGGAGGAACACGUGAAUUUGCAGGUGUUCUCCUCCUAUUUAGACACAUUUGAACGGGGCAGCCGUGUCUUAAAGACAAAAUAAGAAAAUACUCGGUGCAUACUAUAUUAUAAAAAAGAAAAGCAUGCAUGCUUUAGUGAACGCGUUUAUGCGCUGCCUUGCUCUUCUCCUGCCUCCCUCUUGGCUUUGUGUCAGCCUUUGCUUGUGGGCUGGGAGUGAGUGUGAAGAGACGACGCCACGGCCCAAUCCCAGAGCUCGUUUCAAAAGCAGAAAGCCUCUUACAAAUGAGGAAGUAGCAGCAGCGGCGGCGGCAGUAGAAGCGCAAGGAGGCUCUAGCCCCUCGGUUUCGCCAGGUCCAGGCUGCGUCUCGCUGGCUGCUGCUAGCCCCGUUACUCCUCAGGGCCCCGCACAGGGUCGGAUCUGGAUCUGGGGUCUCUGGCGAGCCGUGGAGCGCGUCAUCGGAACUCCCUGGGUCCUUCUCCGCCGCCACUGGUGCCCUAAGAAGCGUCGAGCAGGUUUACGCACCCCGUGUCCUGUUGGUGCUUUCGAGUCGAACAGUAUUAGAAGCUUCCAGGGAGGCGCUGCUGCUGCUGCUGCUGCUGCUAUAACCGAGGAGGGGAGCCGAGCGGACAGAAACACCUUGAGUUAUUCGGGUAACAAUAUGAGCGCGUCUGCGGGGAUCCCCAUUUCAAACUCAGCGGAGUGCGCAUCGGAUGCGUCAGUGGAACCGGGGAUGGACGAGGUGAUAACGGUGGAUCAACACAUGCAGGAGAUGGGGACGGUGACAAUAACAGUGGCCAUUCAGGCGGCCGAAGAUGAGGAACCAGAAGAAGUGUCAUCCAAUAACAUUGAUUUCCUCGGAGGCAGCUGUAGUGAAGACGAAAUCGGAAGACACGACAAAUCAAGUGGUGCUGGGACAAGUGGAGGGGAGUUGGAGGAGGAGAGCUGGCAGCCUCCAGACCCAGAACUUAUCCAAAAGCUUGUUGCUCAGAUUGAGUACUACCUGUCAGAUGAGAACCUGGAGCAUGAUGCCUUCCUGCUCAAACAUGUCAGACGCAACAAACUCGGGUUUGUCAGUGUCAAGUUACUCACUUCAUUCAAAAAGGUGAAGCACUUGACUCGCGACUGGAGAACAACCGCUUAUGCUCUGAGGCACUCAACAAUACUUGAGCUGAACGAUGAGGGUCGUAAGGUACGGCGCAGGUCCACAGUGCCCGUCUUUGCUAGUGAGUCUUUGCCUAGCCGCAUGCUGCUGCUCAGUGACCUGCAGAGCUGGCCAGAGCUAGCUGCCUUGGAAGGAGGCACUGGUUGUAAUGGAGGCAGCGAGGGAGGAGCCAUCCAGCAGGAGCAACUGAUGAAGCUUUUGCUGAAGGCAUUUGGAACAUACGGUGCCAUCGCCUCAGUCCGAGUCCUGAAGCCUGGAAAGGACCUGCCACCUGACUUGAAGAGGCUGAGUGGCCGCUACACCCAGCUGAGCUUGGAGGAGUGUGCCAUUGUGGAGUUCGAGGAGGUGGAAGCAGCAGUCAAAGCUAAUGAAGCAGUGGGGACCGAGGAUGGAGGGACAGGUUCUCUCGGUUUAAAGGUGGUCCUUAUUGGCACCAAGCCACCCAAGAAGAAGGUCCCCAAAGACCGUCCACGGGAAGAAGUAGGGAUGCGCAAAAGUCGCUCACUCAACAGCAGAAUACGAGAGCUUCAGUACCAUGGGGAAGACUCCGCCUGCAGCUCCUCAGAGACCGAGAGCAACCCCACGUCACCCAGAUUGGCCCGCAAGUCACGUUCCUGCAACAAGCUCAGCCCCACCACUGCAAGCAUGAGCUUCCAGAACAAUCACCUCAGCCCGGGUGUGUCCCCACGUAACAGUCCCUGGUCUAGUCCCCGUGCCAGCCCCUGUCCUCAGCGCAAAUUGCCUCAUUCUCAAAAGUCUCCCUUGGCUAGUGAGGGCAGACUCAGCCCUGAGGCUGGGCGCCGCUGGGCGGACUACUCCUCAGACAGCAGCCUGACCCCUUCAGGAAGCCCAUGGGUUCAGAGGCGCAGGCAGGUGGCCUCUCAGGAAAGCAGUCCAGUCGGCAGCCCCAUGCUGGGUAGAAAGAUCCAGAAUGCUGAUGGCCUGCCACCAGGAGUAAUGAGGCUGCCUCGAGGCCCUGAUGGAACCCGUGGCUUUCACUGUGUCACAGUUGGUGAGAGAGGAAAGACUGCUGGUACGCAGACUUGACAGGUGGAGCAUCCUCAUGCCUCCCUUAUGCCCCAGAAAUAAAAUGGUACUUUGGAAAUUUGACCUGAUCCUUGGCCAUAUCACUCAGCCCCCACCUCACGUUUGAGAGACUGUGUAGAUAUGUUUUGAGUGUAUUAAUUUUUGCUCUUGGUUAUUUUUUUAUACAACAUUUCCGUUAACAUGGUGACAUCUUAUUGAUUUACUAAUGAGAAUUUGUUUGAAUGUGAAAUAUUAUUUAAAGGGAGAACUUAAAGAAAAUUUGAAAAAAAAAAAUUCUCAGAUACCAUAGCAAUGGGCCUUGUCACUCCCAUUGCUGUCUAAACUUGUUCUAUAUGGGGUGGCGUGGAGAAGAAUUUCCACUUUUUUAAUUGGAAAUUGUCCUCUUUCGUGAAGUAUGUCUAUAAAAGCUCACAACGUUGUCUGUGGAUGGUGUGUAAAAGUUAAAACAGUGUGUGAAAAGUGGCAUGGGCACAUGGACUUGAUAUCAAGAUAUCGCCAUAUGCCUUUUCUGUAUUUGUCUACUGUGAGUGUCAUUGUUACAUGCUAUUUAAACUGAGGCCAUAAUCUCCCCCUGCCAUAAAGUUUGAACAGCUAACUUUCAUGGACAAGGUUUUUAAUUUUCUUUUCUUUUAUUAUUUUUUUUACUUUGCCUUUCAUUCUGUAUUCAGUAUGCCUUGGCAGUCAAUUAACUGAAGCGUCAAGAUUUGGGAAGGGUCUCAUGUAGCUCUGUUGUUCUGCUUAGCAGAUAGCUAUUUUUGUGGGAGGGUGGGGAGGGGGCUUAAAUUUAUUCUAUCAGUCUGAUAAGCUGGUAGCGAGGUUUGGCGGAUGUUCAGGUCAGCGUGAAUAGAAGCUCUUACAGUAUGUUAUUGCCUUUACAUCUGAGCUGGGGUAUUGUACAGUGAAUUUCCCAUUGUACGAAUAAAUCACUAAAAUUGCA